UACAACAUCACUACCAACAGAUUCUUACAGCUUCACAGAAAUGGCAGUGGCAAAUUUCUUCCUCUCCUCACAAGUUAUGCUUUUCCUCUGCUUUUUGGCCAUCAAUGGCGGAGCCGACAGCACAGGCUUCUCAUGUUCUGUCGAUUCCUCACGCUCUUGUCGUACCUAUGUCUCGUACUUUGCAAAAUCUUCAGAGUUCUCGGAUCUUGUGAGCAUAUCGAAAUUGUUCGGAGGCAGUGCUUUGGAGAUUGCGAAAGCCAGCAACUUGGGAUCAGAAACGGCUCCAUUGUUUCAAGGGCAGCUUCUGCUGGUUCCUGUGGCUUGUGGGUGCACUGGAAAUGGCUUCUUUGCCAACAUCACAUACAAAAUCAAGAACAACGACACCUAUUUUCACGUCUGCACCUCUUCGUUUGAGUAUCUCUGCAACUGGGAAAUAGCGGAAAAAAUGAACCCAACUUUUAAACCUCUGCAUUUGCAGGUGGGCGACGAGCUGGUUUUUCCUCUGUUUUGCAAGUGUCCCUCCACGAGAAAUUUGGAACAGGGUGUAAGCCAUCUUAUCACAUAUAUAUGGCAAUCCACCGAUGGGAUUUCUGAUGUGAGUGCAAUUUUUAACGUCUCGAAAGACGCCAUUUCUGAGGAAAUGAAAGAUCAAAAUUUGACCAAUUUUGUUACUGGCAGCCCCAUAUUGAUUCCUGUUUCGAAACUUCCUCUGCUUUCUCAGCUCUACCCUCAGAGGAAAAAGAUCAAACAUCUUGUGGUCAUAAUCGUUGCUGUGACCUUGGGUCUUAGUUUCGUAUUGGGAGCUUCUUUAAUGGUUUAUAUUUGCUUUAUAUACAAGAGAAAGAAGAACCCAAUUUGGGGAAUUUCUAGUUUUGAGAAUUCAACUCUCACCCAGAUGAAGAUGAAACAGAACGGCCAGCUUCUUGCUCCUGUGGUCUCAGACUACUUGGGGAGGCCAAUUUUCUACGACUAUAACGUGAUCGUGGACGCAACAAUUAACUUCAACGAGGGGUUUAAGAUUGGGAAAUCAGUAUACAGAGCCACAAUCAAUGGACAAAUCUCAGUGAUAAAAAAAGCCAAACAGGAUUCAAAGGAGGAGCUAAUGAUUCUACAGAAAGUCAAUCAUAUAAACUUGGUGAAACUGGUGGGCUUCUCAUCAGAUGAUGAGGAGAAUUUUUACUUGGUUUAUGAAUUUGCUGAAAAUGGGUCGUUGGAUAAGUGGUUGCAUUCUCAAUCUCCAGCUUCCUCUGGGUCUUUAAACUUGAAAUCCCAUCUCUCGUGGAGGCAGAGGCUGAACAUAGCACUGGAUGUGGCUAAUGGGUUGCAGUAUAUGCACGAACACACCCAACCCAGCAUCGUCCAUCGAGAUAUGAGAACCAGCACCAUCCUUCUGGACUUGAGAUUCAGAGCAAAGAUUUCAAAUCUCGCCAUGGCCAGGCCUGCCGCCGACUCUCUGUCAACAAAAGCGGAUGUUUUUGCUUUUGGGGUCGUGUGUUUGGAGCUGCUUUCAGGGAAGAAGGCCAUGGGGGGGAGUAAAGGAAAUGGUGAAGAAGAAGAAGAAGAAGGAGAAGUUGUGACGUCGUGGAAGGAAAUAAGGGAUGUUUUAGACGAUGAAGAGAAAAGAGAAGAAAAGUUGAGAAAUUGGAUGGACCCAAAAUUAGAAAGCUUAUACCCAAUUGAAGAAGCUCUGAGCUUGGCAGUAAUGGCGAGGGCAUGUACUCAAGAUGAGCCUCUGUCAAGGCCAACCAUGGCGGAAAUUGUCUUCAAUCUCUGUGUUCUUGCUGAAUCUUCCGCUGAAGGGACAGAGAAAUCAUGGGUUUCCCUUCUUGAGGCAGAUGAAAUCGGGCAUACCCAUAGUUCCAUUAGAGCUCGUUGAAACUGUAAAUAUCAUUUAUUACACAUAAUCGUAAUAAACUUAGAUCUUUAUUUAUUACGAAUAUCACAAAAAGCAUUCGUUUCUGUUACAUAAUCAGUGAUCCAUCCAAAUUUACGUUCAAACUCCAAUUAAUAGGAUCAUCUUCUUUUCCAUGUAACUGAAAAUUCAAAGUUGGAAAGAAAAGUAAGAGCUGUAAUAAUGAAGCUCUUGUUAAUGGCUGUGUGUUAACGUACAACAAACAAAUAUGUGAAAAAUCUCUCUUUAUGGACAAGAUCGAGGGAUACCAAUUCUUCAAUCUCCUCUAAUCUACCUUCUUCUUACAGUUUAUAUUAUAUCAUAUUAUAUAUAUAUAUUAAACUUAAACCACCGAACCCGAAACCGACACCAAAAAUUUCUAAGAGAUAAUAAAGAAAAACUUAUUAAAAAAGAAGUAAUUCUCCUUCUUCUCCCCAUUUUGGGCAUGAUCUCGAGCUUGGUUCGGCUCCGACCCAGAAUCCAAAGCUGUGGUUCUGUAAAUUGAAAUCCCUAAGAUUCUAUAGCGAAGGGAGUGCGUAAGAGAUCAUAAGGAGCCCAAAGCGCGUCGAGCGGGCAAGCCCGGUUCGAGUCGAGCCGGACCCACGGCUUCCCUUUCCCACUCCAAUGCAACAGACUCACCGGACCGGGAUGCAAAUUCCGGCAGAGUCCCCGGAAAUUGUCCCC